AUGCUGCCUCUAAGAAGCAACAGAAAGGCUUUAAACAUGAAACUCUCUUGGCUUGUGACCUGGGCUGGAACACUGUUUUUGAAUCCAGUCACUGCUGACUGCAACAUUACUUCUCAAACUGCCACUUGUGAGGAAUCUGGAAAGAACCUCUCUAAUAUCCCCACUAACUUUUUCCAAAACAUUACUAAAUUAAGCCUCAGAAACAAUAAAAUUGCUUUAAAAGACAGUGACAAAGAGAUUCUUCAAAGUUUUAUUAACCUCACUGAACUUUAUCUGAAUGAAAACAUGAUCACUGUACUGUAUAAUAACAGCUUCUGCAAUCUGGCAAAACUUGUAACUCUGGAUAUCAGCAACAAUCAUAUUAGCACAGUUCAUAAAGGAGCAUUUGCAGGAUUAAAUCAACUGUCAGUGCUGAAUUUGUCCUAUAACAUGAUUACUCAACUAGAUUCAGAUGUAUUUACUUCUCUAAAAAAUCUGACAGUUUUAAACCUUCAGUAUAACUUCCUGAAAUCUUUUCAUGUAAAAUCAUCUUUCAAAUUGAUUAAAAUUGCUUUAGCUGGAAACCCAUGGACCUGCUCCUGUGACCUCCUUGAUUUACAGAUAUGGCUAACUGUCUCCAAUGUGACAAUGGAAAAUGAAAGCAACACUACGUGUACAUUUCCAAAUGCCAAGAGAAAAUUCUCCAUCAAGAUGGCACCUACCCAACCAGCUGACUGCAAAAUUGAAAAAGCUCCUUUAGAAAACAUUGUAACUUCCACUUCUGCCAUUAAGCUUAUAAGUAGUGCCUUACUAACAGGUCUGACUCCAAAUAACAUCACUGAAAACAAUGGAACACAUGCAGAGUUACCACUUCCUGGCAAAAGUUGGACCUUCCUAGCAGGUGUCCUAGCAUUUGUCCUAAGCACUACACUCCUGAUAUUCACUGCUAUAAAAUGCCCAACAUGGUAUCGCUAUUUGAUCAGCUACAGUCACCGUCGUCUGGAAGAAAAUGACUCAGAGAUGUUUGAACAGGAAUUCUCAGCAGACAUGAGUUCUUUUCCUAGAGCAUCAGGUACAAACAAUGACGAUCCCAUAGUAAUAUUCGAGAAAAUCCCUGCAUUUGUACCUGGUGAAGAUGGAUUUAUUGAGGAUAAAUACAUAGAUUCUUAUGAAACUGAGGAGAGUUAA